AUGACUACUUCUACUACCGCGACGACAAGCGUUACGAGUACCACUGGUAUCAACACAGCCUCCGCUACCAGUACAUCUUCAUCCAGCCAUAAAGAAUCCUCGCCGUCGUCGGAUAGUACAUUAUCCAGUGGUUCAGGGAACUGGUUCUCUACGCACUGGAGAUGGGUGGUAAUGAUAAUCGUCCUUGCGGUCGGUUUCUCCGUACUCGCCGCUGUAGCUGUAUGGCUAAAGAAACGUUUCGACGCCAGACAACCAGGUCUCUAUCACGGCGACGACCAUAAGGGCGGCGCUUCGGGAGGUAGCCUCACUCCAGCGGCAGGUUUCUUCGCGGGAAGUCUGCGUAACUUGUCCAGAAGCAACGUCAACAGCACUCGAGCUUCAACAGACAAUAGCAGCAACAAUGUCGCUGUUGCUUCAAAGGUGCCCAAGAUGCAACAACAGCCCAGCAUGUCAACGACAAGCUUCUCCAAUCGCCGUUCGAGCACAUUGACCAAUUCCGUUAUGAGCAAUGGCAACAGCAUCAUGAACAACAAUGGCCAUGAAAUGUGGGGGCCUAAUCAAGCGCGUAAUUUCGAGAAUAUCGCGCCCGUCGAAGAGCCAGUUUUCAGGAAUUCAAUGGCCACGGCCGCUGCAGCAGCAGCAUUCGGAGGCGGCGCAGCAGGCACCGAAGCAGAAUCAGGCCCGGAAGCAAUAGGAAUAGCAACAACAACAGCCAACGACUCCCGCACGGAUCUAUCGAGCGUCGGCACCGGAGGAGGAAGAGCAACACCCAGAAAUCAGAACAGAUUGAGUGGGCAGUCCGCCUCCGCAUCGAAUUUACAUCACCAACAUCAAAUGCAGCAACAAGCAACACCACUCUUGCGAGAGGCACAAUCGCACCGCGAAUUGCAGACAUCUCCUACUCCCGUUAGCCAAAUUCACGAUUAG